GCGGGGGGGGCCGGGGAGCGCGGCGCCAUGGCGGGCGGAGGGGCAGCGCCGGGCUCCGCGCCCCGCGUCCCGCUGCAGGCCCUGCUCCGCGCCGUCAACGCCCUCCUGCGGCAGCGCCGCCACCGCGCCGCGCUCGCCGUCCUCAAGGGCUUCCGCAACGGCGCCGUUUACGGAGCAAAAAUUCGUGCCCCCCACGCCCUGGUGAUGACUUUCCUGUUCAGGAGUGGAAGUUUAAGAGAGAAACUGAAAUCGAUUGCUCAGGCUACGUACACUCAUUCCCGGAACUUGGCGUAUUUUGUGUUCACCUACAAGGGGCUGAUGGCAUUGCAGUCCUGGCUACAGGGGAAAAAAAUUCCAUUUCAUUCUUUCUUUGCAGCCUGCAUUGGGGGUUGGUUAGUGUUUGGUGAGAACAAUCCCAUCAACAGCCAGAUCGUUAUGUACCUGCUGUCUCGUAUCCUGUUUGGCUUGUCUCGGCUGGCGGUGGAAAAGGGCUAUGUCCUGCAGCCAAAGCAGGAUCCCUUUCCACUCCUUGCUGCUCUGGUAUGGGGAACAGUUCUCUGGCUCUUUGAAUACCACCGACAGACUCUGCAACCGUCUCUGCAGGCCUCCAUGACCUAUCUGUAUGACGACAGUAACGUGUGGCACGACAUUUCUGACUUCCUCAUUUACAACAAAAGGCCUGCAAGCGAGUAGCUGGUUCCCUGGAAAAUACCUGCGAAUGGGAUGCUGCCUUCCAGCAGCUAAGGGAAAAGGUUAUUCUGUCGCUCUUGACUGAUUAUUAUUUUUUUUUUUUGAUUAACAUCUAUCAAGGAGAGUUGCCUCUUGUGUCCUGACCAAAAUGUUGUGAUUAGGCUUCUAUUAGCUCUGUUUAGAGCGAGUUAAUACCCCACAGAAACUUGUUGCAAUUCCUCAGGGGGAGUAAAAUGCCUUGGGAACCUUCAGUUAAAAUCGGUCUUCUUUUAAAGAUGCCUUAUUUUUACUAUGAAUGUUUUUUUGUUUGGUUGGGUUUUCCUUUCCUUUUAAGAAAGGAAAUACACGUAUAAAAUGGCAGCUUGACAGUAAUUGGGGAAUAGGUCUAAUCAUGAAAAAAAUGCUCAAGGAGUUGUCUGAAUUCUCACAAGAUGGAAGCGUUUUUCUGUGCUGCUGUGCUCCCUGUCGUGGGAAGAUGGGAGUGGGAGCCCUGCUCGGUUCUGGAAGCAGAGACAUAACUUCUUGAUCUCUAAACUAUUGCAAGGAUGGUUGCGUGCUCCCUAAGAGAGUUCCUCUGCAAUCUUUCUUCCCUCGGGGAGGCAAUAAGAUGUUUGAGAAUAAAACUUCUAAGAUUCUCUUGUACGAGUGUGGUAAAUCAGGCUUGGAAGGAAUAUUUUUUUCUCAGUUUCUCUCAUCCACUUGGGCUGAAUCUGUCUUUCUACCCAGUGCACUAACUUAAUACCCUGUAAUUAUUUAAGACUUAUUUGUAAAGCUUUUGAAAGCUGCUUGAAUUAAAUACUAAAAACAGUUACGCAAUUUAGACUCCGUUGAAAACAGGCUGAGGCACAUCGCGUGCCCUCAGCUGUCACGCUGGAUACUUUAUACGUAGCAGUGAGAUGCACUUUCAGUUUGGUGGAAGCCCGUGGGUUUCUCUGAGGUCCAGAGUCCACCCCCCGCAACAGUGGGAUGUGCUAGGUGUCAUCAAGCUCGAAUGUACCUCUAGCUGGUGCAGUCUUCUUGCUGGGCCCGGCUGAGGUCGUGGAGGAAUAUCCAGGUGGCUCUUCCUUUUAAAUGCACUGCUGAGUCCCACAAACAGCAAGCGCUGGGCUUUCACCGGGGGUUGACUGGACGGCUGAGAAAUGCUCCAUUUCAUCAAAACAAAAACUUUUAAAGUUGAUGAAAUCAAACUGUUAAUAGUAGUAAGCACUGAUACUUCGAUGUGACACUGCACCAUUCAUUCACUUAAUGAUGGUACAUGAAACCAGUGUGUCAGGAAUUAUUUCAGUGUGAUAUCACAAGGGUCAUUAAGCUCCCUGUGCUAACUGUUCCCUUUUGUCUCAGUCGGUAUUACUUGUUUCUUCCUCUUUUACCUUCUGUUGUCUAAAAGCAGUUAGCUGUCCGUGUACGCAUCCACUUUUCCAUCCUGACCUUGUUGUUUCAUAAUCCCACUGAUGCUGCUCUUCAUCAUUUUUUGCAGUCUUUUCUUUACAAUCCAAGCUUUGGCGAUUUGUUGUAUUUAAUGGUAUGACUGGAAUAGGAAGUCCAAGUUCAGGUACCUUCUGUGUAGGAAAAAAAUCUUGAUAUCGUAAAGAUGUUUUUUCUUCAUCUCUUAAGCUUUUUUAUUACUACAUCUUCUGAGUGCUGCUUUGCUUUUUAUUUUUCCACGCUCUGUCAACAAGAUGGAGAGUUGAAUGCUCCCCUCCCCACAGCCUGUCUGUUGCUGUGAGGUUCAGGAUCGAAUCGCAUCCAGAGAGGCUCAGGUUGAGUAGAAAUCAAGUCUUCUAUUCAGUCUUGACCUGCAUCUGACACUGAGGAGAGCUACGUGCGCUGUGAAGUCUCACAGUGCAGAGAUGGAAGCGUCCUUGGGCUCAUCCCGUGCAGAUCCAUGACAUACUCAUCUCCUUGCCCAGAAGACAAGGUAUUACUUUACCGUCAUGAUUGCCUGUGGUCCCUUUACCUGCUGUUAUGGUCCUUCUGGAAUGUUGGAGUUGGAACACGGAGCAGUAUUUCAUCAGUUUUUCUGGGCCUGUAGAAGUUAGGAAUUGUUUUUGCACUUCUUUCUAGUUAAGUAUUUUCUUUUGUCUAGGUGAUCUCAAAGAUUCAAGUAGAGUUAAAAAAAAAAAAAAAUGAAGCUGUAGCUGAGUUCUGAUUACUUUAUAAAUAUCAUGUCUCUGUUUGCUCCGCUGGUGGAUGCCUGAAGCAGUGUGUUCUGACAGGAGAGUGCUGCACCUGAUCCUUGUGUCAGAAGCCUCAAUAUUGUUCCGAACGAGCGUGUUAAUAUUGAGCUACUGUUGCUGAACAACCUUUGAUGGGAUUUGAGAAAACCCUUCCAGAAUCUCGGAGCAACGGCUUGAGAAUUUCUUCCGAAAACUGUUAGACUGACAAACCCUUGACCACGUGUGAUUGUUGCAGUACCCGCUGCGGCCUGGCUGACGCGUGAGCUGUGUCUAUUUGAAGUUUUUAAUGUUUUGAACAAAUUGCUGACGCUCUCUCUGGAGAAAGUUCACGUGUAAGAGAACUUUAAGCCUGAUGUUCUUCUGCUAGUAGUUGUGCAUCCGCUUGUGAAGCACUUUUCUGCCUGUGAAGUAGGAGGGAAAUGUCUUGUCCCUUUUGUGCUACCACGCGCAGUACCUCUGUCCUCUCUAGGUGGCAGAAUCAAGCCAAUAGCAGGGCUCUAGUAGCAACUUGGCAACAGUGGCCGUCGGUUGUCCUUGGUUCAAAAUGCCCUUUUUCUCUUGGGAAUCUAUCGCCAACCUCACUUUCAAAGUAAAUCGUGCCUGAGACUCCAGCCAUCUGUACUUGUGACCCAGGAACCAGCUGCUGUCCCUGGAAAACAAACUGCAGCUCGUCCCAGGAGCAGGUUCUGCACGGCAGCGGCCAUUCGCUGCGCUUUCGGGGACCGUUUGUGUUCCUGCUGUGUGCGGGCAGGGCGUUAAGCUGCAAGUCACUCCUUUCCCCCGGGAGGUAAUUGGGACGGGUCUUUAACGGCAUUAGUCCACAUUGCUGCUUCUGCCACCAGAUAGCUGGGGAUGGACCCCUUAUGCUGCCGAUGUGCUGGAACAAUGCGGGCGUGUAGUAAGGAAGCGAACUAGAAGUAAUUUGUCUGAGUCAGACUUUUGGAUACAUAAGUGACACUCCCUGCCCUCCCCCAGUGCAUUGUGUAAGGAAUCGAGUCCCCCGUUUGUGUUCUUUUUUAUUAGCAUUAAAACCAAAAGGAAUAAAGAGACAGUUGGGAAGCCA